AGAGUUUGUCGGUGCUGUGGACUAACAGUGGACACUCAGAAGGACAUCCAACCCCCAAAGCAGCAGCCAAUGAGAUAUAUCUGUGGAGAAUGUCAUAUAGGAAAUGAAAUUAAACCCAGGGAUACAAUCAAAUACAGAGAAUGUAGAUACAGAAUAAUGUGCAAGAAAAGGUCUAAAAGAUUGGUGGUUUUUGAUGCUCAGUGAAAUAUGGAAUUCAAAAGAAUAUCUUUGUUCUCAUUUGGACUUGCUGUAAUUGUUGUAUAACUUUUGAUUAGUGUACUUAUCUUUAUUAACACAACUAUAUACACAUGAUUUCAUUUUUAAAACAAUAUUGUAUUUAGGUAUCUAUUCAUAGCGUAUAGCCUGGCUGGCAAGGCUCAGCAGUUGAGCAUUGACCUAUGAACCAGGAGGUCACGGUUCGACUCUCGGUCAGGGCACAUGCUCGGGUUACCAGCUCAGCCCCAGUAGGCGGAGUGCAGGAGGCAGCUGAUCAAUGAUUCUCUCUCAUCAUUGAUGUUUCUGUCUCCCUCUCUCUUCCUCUCUGAAAUCAAUAAAAAAUAUUUUUUUUAAAAAAUAGGUAUAUAAAGAAAUUAUUUUUUGUUCAAUCACAUGAUAUGUAAUUUAAUGUUAUUAUAUAUGUCAUGUCAGGAUGAAGGUUAAAAGUGCUUCCCCAAACCACACUUUUAAUGAAAACCUAAGAUCACUGGGGCCUUUGUUAAAAAAAAAAGUUUUCACCCUGGCUGGUUUUUCUCAGUGGUCAGAGCCAAAUAUACCUCUGUUGCACGCUCCAGCCCCGACCCCAGUCAGGGCACAUGCAGGAGGUAACCAAUCGAUGCUUUCUCAUAUCUAUGUUUCUCUUUCUCUGUCUUUCCCCCAUCCCU